UCAGUGUCUCAAGCUGCGUUGUCGCGAUCAGUAGCCAACAGCCACCUGGAAUUCAACUUGUCUCAGUCACUCCCAAAGCCUGGAAGUGGUCAGUUCAUAGCUAUUCACAUAAGCUUGCGCUCUCUCAGCGGGCAAUCAUCUCAGUAAAAACAAAGGCGAAUAACACAUAAUAAUAAUAAUAAUAGAAGCAAUUCACCCGUUCACAAGCCGUUCACACGCACAAAAAGUGGUCUAUCACAACAAUAAACAAAAGCGACGCUGUGUGCUCAGUUCCAGAAACACUCGCAAUCCACGUCAGCCCCCCUUCUCCCAGACACUUCUCCGCCGCUGCCGUCGUUGACGUCGCGCCGCAAAAUGGCAAGGCGAGGAGCCGCCAGUCAUCUGGCAGUCAUCUGCAGCUUGCUGGUGUUUAUCGCAAUCUCGACAAGUUUGUGUUCGGCCGCCACAUAUCAGAGUCGUCCCGCGUUUCCUGCCCAAACCGGUCCAGUUCAGCCCUCCAUUGGUGGUAACAGCAAACAGCCAGCCAGACGCGUCAUGCAUCCAGCUUUUGCAAAUGCCGGCCGCUCUCCCGGCCUCGAGAUUUGGCGCAUCGAGAAUUUCGAGCCGGUUCCAUAUCCCCCAAAUAACUAUGGCAAAUUCUACACGGGCGAUUCCUUUAUUAUCUUGAAUACCCGAGAGAACCCGAAGAGCAAAGAACUCUCGUGGGAUGUCCAUUUUUGGCUGGGAUCCGAAACUUCCACAGAUGAGGCUGGCGCUGCAGCCAUUUUGACUGUGCAAUUGGAUGAUAUCCUGAACGGCGGUCCCGUCCAGCAUCGUGAGGUGCAGGAUCACGAGUCCCAGCUGUUCCUGGGCUACUUCAAGAAUGGUGUGCGUUAUGAGCAGGGAGGAGUUGGCAGUGGUUUCAAGCAUGUGGAGACGAAUGCUCAGGGCGAGAAGCGUCUGUUCCAGGUGAAGGGAAAGCGCAAUGUGCGCGUCCGCCAGGUGAAUCUCUCCGUUUCAUCGAUGAACAAGGGUGACUGCUUCAUUCUGGAUGCUGGCAAUGAUAUCUACGUCUAUGUGGGCUCCCAGGCUAAGCGUGUGGAGAAACUGAAGGCGAUUAGUGCUGCCAACCAGAUUAGGGAUCAGGAUCACAAUGGACGUGCUCGUGUGCAGAUCAUCGAUGAGUUCAGCACUGAAAUGGAUAAGCAGCAGUUCUUCGACGUGCUCGGCUCUGGAUCACCCGAUCAGGUGCCCGAAGAGUCCACGGCCGAUGAGGAUGGUGCCUUUGAGCGCACCGAUGCCGCCGCCGUCACUCUCUACAAAGUAUCCGAUGCCAGUGGCAGAGUCCAAGUGGACACCAUUGCCCAGAAGCCACUGCGUCAGGCAAUGCUCGAUACUAACGAUUGCUUCAUCCUGGACACCGGCUCCGGCAUCUUUGUUUGGGUGGGUCGUGGUGCAACACAAAAGGAGAAAUCCGAUGCUAUGGCCAAGGCGCAGGAGUUCCUGCGCAUCAAGAAAUACCCAGCCUGGACGCAGAUCCAUCGCAUUGUCGAGGGUGCCGAAUCUGCGCCCUUCAAGCAGUACUUCGACACCUGGCGCGAUGUUGGCAUGUCUCACACUCGUCUCGUCCGCUCCGCCUUGAACAUCGGCUCCGAUGAGUCUCUCGAUAUGGAUGAGAUCGAUGCCGUCGUUCAGAAAUUGAAGAAGAGCGGCGGUCGCGCCAUUGGCUUCAUGCCCGAUCAUGGCCAGAACAGCAUUGCCGAGAUUACCCAAUAUGUUAACAAGGCCGGCACUAAUGAGGUCCUGCACACCACCGUUCCCUUCGAAGAGCAUCUGCCGCUGCUGGGCUUUGGCUCGUAUGUGCUUAGCUAUAACUAUGAGGCCAACAACGGUGAGAAGGGCGUCAUUGUCUAUGUUUGGCAGGGAGCCAAGGCAAACGCUGCUGUCAAGGAGCGCGCCUUCGAGGAGGGCAUGGCUCUCGCCGAGGAGCACAAUGCGAUCCUAGUGCGCACCAUGCAGGGACACGAACCGCGCCACUUCUACAAGAUGUUCAAGGGUAAACUCUUGACAUCGUACACACCACUCCCGAUCUCUGCCCAACUAUUCCGCAUUCGCGGCACAGUCGAGAGUGAUGUCCAUGCCAGCGAAGUGCCCGCAGAUAGCUCCUCUUUGGCCUCCGGCGAUGCCUUUGCCUUGGCAAUGACCAAAACACACAAGGUGUACAUCUGGCAUGGUCUGGGUGCCUCCGCCUUCGAGAAGGAGGCAGCCAAGGAACGCUUUGCCCACUACUGGGAGGAUGCCGAAAUGGAGAUUGUGGAUGAGGGUGCCGAGCCCGAUGAUUUCUGGGAGGAGCUGAACGGUGAGGGUCAGUACGAUCGCAGUCUCGAUGAUCAGACAGCACCACUGCUUGAGCCACGUCUCUUCCACUGCCGUCUGACCAGUGCUGGACGCGCCAAGGUCGAGGAAGUCGCCGAAUACCAGCAGGAAGAUCUCGAUACGGAUGAUGUGAUGCUUCUCGAUGCUGGCGAUGAGCUGUACAUGUGGGUUGGCUCCGGCGCCACUGCCGAUGAGAAUGGCAAGAUUCUGGAUAUGGCCAAGCGCUAUAUUAAAUCUGAGCCCACUGCUCGCACGAUGGAUACUCUGAACAUUGUGCGUGUGUCUCAGGGCAACGAACCAAGGGCCUUCAAGCGCAUGUUCCCCAGCUGGGAGGACAACUACUGGCAGAAUCUGCCUUCAUAUGAGGACAUCAAACGCCAGGUUCUGGAUGCUAACAACGAGGUUUAAGCCCUCAGUUGGAAUACUCAGCAAAAUUGACCAAAAAUUUACGUUCGCUUUUGCCUUAAAAAAAUACAAAAGAAAUUAAUAAUUAAAUGUAAUGUAAUUUUGUAUUAAAUGGAAAAGUUUUUCUUAACUCAAAUAGUAACAAUAA